AAUGAUGCUAAUGUUUUACUAGAUUUAUAAUAUAUAUUGUAUUUGAUAUACACAAAACUCACAUUCUAUCGUUUUUAUAACGUUAAUAAACCCACCAAAAAUAAUGGGCAAUGCAGACACAAAAAUAAAUUUCAGAAAAGCUGUUGUGCAACUUACAUCAAAGUCACAGCCUGUAGAUGCUAAUGAUGACAGAUUUUGGGAACAAUUUUGGUCUGAACAUUCUGCUAGUAUACAAGAUGUGUUUGCUCUUGUUCCAGAUAAUGAGAUAAGGGUGUUACGAGAAGAAUCUCCAUCAAAUUUAGCAACUCUUUGCUAUAAAGCAGUUGAAAGAUUAGUAAAAUCUGUUGAUAGCAGUUGUCGAACUCAAAAUGAGCAGCAAACAGUUAUGAAUUGUGUUCACUUGCUACUACGAAUUCUGCCAUAUAUAUUCGAAGAUUCAGAUUGGAGAGGAUUCUUUUGGUCCUCCUUGCCAAACUCAAAUUCACAAGAUGAAAAAGCGGCUGUGCCUUUAGCUGAAAGUUUGCUGAAUGCUAUUUGUGAUUUGUUGUUUUGUCCUGAUUUUACUGUUGUCGGUGGCAGGAGACUUGGCCCAGAUAAAGCUGAAGAAUUAUCUAAUAUAGACAGUUGUGAAUAUAUUUGGGAAGCUGGUGUUGGUUUUGCUCAGGCACCUCCACGUACUCCAUUAAUUGAGCAAAGAAGAACGGCAUUAUUAAAACUAUUACUAACAUGUUUCAGUGAAACAAUGUAUAAACCACCAUCUAAUCCUACUGGACCACAAGAACCUAAUAAAUGGAUUUCAUAUCUAACUAGUGGUGAUAAUCGACAUGCUCUGCCCUUGUUCACUUCAUUACUAAAUACUGUUUGCGCUUAUGAUCCUGUGGGGUUGGGAGUUCCAUAUAAUCAUUUAUUAUUCAAUGACACUAUGGAGCCUCUAAUGGAAGCCGCUUUACAAAUUUUAAUCGUAACCCUGGAUCAUGAUGUUACUGGUAUUGAAGUAGAUGAGGGCAAUCCCGGUGACAACUUAUUUAUAAAUUAUUUAUCACGUAUACAUAGAGAUGAAGAUUUUGGUUUUAUAUUGAAAGGAAUAACAAGACUGUUGAAUAAUCCACUAACUCAAAGCUAUCUGCCUAAUUCUACUAAAAGAGUGCAUUGCCAUCAAGAAUUAUUAGUGUUCUUCUGGAAAAUAUGUGACUACAACAAGAAAUUUUUAUAUUAUGUUUUGAAGAGUAGCGAUGUCUUAGAAGUUUUAGUGCCAAUAUUGUAUCAUCUAAAUGAUUCUAGAGCCGAUCAAUCUAGAGUAGGAUUGAUGCAUAUUGGAGUCUUCAUACUUUUACUUUUAUCAGGAGAAAGGAAUUUUGGAGUCAGGUUAAAUAAACCUUACACGGCAACUGUACCAAUGGAUAUACCAGUUUUCACAGGAUCUCAUGCUGAUUUAUUGGUGACAGUUUUUCAUAAAAUUGUUACCACUGGUCACCAAAGAUUGCAACCGUUGUUUGACUGUUUGUUGACAAUAUUGGUUAACGUAUCUCCGUAUUUGAAAACGUUAUCAAUGGUUGCGAGUACGAAACUUCUGCAUCUCUUAGAAGCUUUCAGCACGCCUUGGUUCUUAUUUUCAGCCCCGGCUAAUCAUCAUUUAGUGUUCUUUUUAUUGGAAAUUUUCAAUAAUAUUAUUCAGUACCAAUUUGAUGGUAACUCAAAUUUGGUAUAUACAAUCAUAAGAAAGCGUCAAGUUUUCCAUGCUUUGGCAAACUUACCAAAUGAUGUUGGUGGCAUAUCAAAAGCAUUAGGAGGUAGAAAACUGUUGAAGAAUAGUUCAACUCCAAGUCCUGAAUUGGCUCAUUCACCUAUGACUGCCCCUGAGGAGUUAAUGGAAGGAGCAAAACCAGCAUUACCAGCCGAGCCAGGAACUUUGAAUGCAACAUUGAUGAAAACUCCUGCUAUUGCUCAAAUGACGGAAAGUGCUUCUGCACAUCCUUCUAGUCAACAAAUGAAGGAAUUGUCCUUAGAAUCGGAAGAACCUAGAAAUUCUAAAAACAAUCAGGACAAUGAGCCAUUAUCACCAGUUGACAAGCAAAAUAAUUCCAAAGAUCAUUUAGAUUCACCUACAUUCCAAAGAGCUGUGAAUCAGAGGGGUAGUAUAAGAGUAGCUGCUAAUUCUUCUGGUGAUGUAAAAGAAGGCGAAAUUUUCCAUGCUACAAGCGAAUGGGUAAAUUCUUGGAGGACUAAGUUGCCGUUGCAAACAAUUAUGAGGCUGCUCCAAGUUUUAGUUCCACAGGUGGAAAAGAUCUGCAUUGACAAAGGAUUGACUGAUGAGAGUGAGAUUCUGCGAUUUUUACAACACGGCACAUUAGUUGGAUUAUUACCAGUUCCCCAUCCAAUUCUAAUCAGAAAAUAUCAAGCUAAUCCUGGGACCACGGCCUGGUUUAGAACAUACAUGUGGGGUGUCAUUUACUUAAGAAAUGUCGAUCCACCGAUAUGGUAUGACACAGAUGUAAAACUAUUUGAGAUACAACGGGUUUAAACUUAAGUACUUACUGCACUCCAGUAUUAGAUAAUAUAUCAGA